AUGUAUAAAUACGACCAGUUCCAAAUGAAAUCUUAUUAUGAAGAAGUGUUGGCUUUUAAGGUUAAUGAUGAUGAUGGCUUACCCCGUUACUUUUGUUUUGAGUGUGCAACAUUACUGAAUAAAUUUCACAAAUUUAAAGAGAAAUGCUACAGAGGACAAAAGGUCCUUAAAGAACUACUGUGGUUGGGCCCUAUAAGCUAUGAAGCCAUAUACAAAAUAGACCGAGAAAAUAAAUACCUACAAUCAGACCUAGCAGUUUUGACAGUCACUGACCGAGUAAAGUUCUAUGUCACUGUAGAUAGCAGAGAUGAUGCAGCAGACGAACCAAAAAUUGAUAAACAUUUGAGCAAAGGAAUAAUUUCAGAAGAAACAGUUGAUCAUCAUGAUUAUGAAAAAAGUUUUGACAGCCAUACAAUUGAUGUACCAAGCAGUCCAAUAAUGAUUUUCAAAGACAUUGAAAAAAAUUGCAUCAGGUUGAAAAAUGAUACGAUAAGGGAGAGAUAUAAGAGCACAAGUGGUGAUGAAUCUAAUCUGAGAGAAAAAUUAUUAGACAGUAACAACUGGAAAGUGUUCAACCUGACUGAGGAGGAGGCUUUGAAGGAGUUUCGGUUAAGGGCUGAGGACAAGAAAUAUUUGUCUGCCAGUUAUAAGUGCAGGGACUGUUUCAGAGGUUUCUCUAAAGAGAGUAUGCUGAGGUGUCACAUCCAAUUGAAGCAUAGUGAGGGCCUCGGUUACUUCGAGUGCCGCUUCUGCAAAAUGCGCUUCAGGUGGCGUUCCCAUCUGAGAAGGCACAUGCACCAGCAUUACACCAAGUACCAGUGCCUCAGGUGCAACCGGAUCUGUCCGCUGGAGAACACGGCAAUUAGACAUGACGAGUACCACAGCGGCGUUACGAAGGAGUGCUCGCAUUGCGGCAAACACUUCAGACACUCGUCUACGUACUACACGCACCUGCGCACUCACCGCAGCGGCUUCGUGUGCGUCGCGUGCGGCGCCUCCUUCGUCAGCGAGGCGGGGCUCCGGCAGCACAGGCACGCGAAGCACUACGGGGGAGAGAUCGAGAGCCCCGAUGACGACGAGGAAGUGAACAGCUACUGCUCGAGGUGCGACAUACGUUUCGAAACUAGGAAAGCCUACGAGGAGCACCUUUUCCACUCUGCCAUGCACUCCGAGGUGCUAGAGAAGGAGAGGCAAGCUAAAGAGGAAAGUGAGGAACGCACCAUAAAUGCCCAGAGGAAAGUGCUGGGGAAGAAAAUGCAGGCUAAGAUAAUUCAAGGACUAAGACGUCGAAAAUCUGAUGACGAGCCCGUCGCAUCGCCGCAGAGGAAGAGGAGGUGUCGGCAGAAGAGGAGGUACUGCAAGCCAACUACCUGCCACCAGUGCGGCAAGCACUUCGCCACCCAGAGCGCCUGCAUGAAGCACCACCACACGGAGCACCCAAGAACCUCGUUCUUCCCGCCCACCGAGCGCCACAUAUGCGAGGUCUGCGGCGCCUCGCUAGCGCCGGGCAGCGUGGCCACCCAUCAGAAUAUGCACACCCGCACAAAGGUUCACCCUUGCGAGAUAUGCGGUAGGCAGUUCUACGCUACUGUCGGUCUCAAGCGCCAUCUAUUGACCCACACGGGCGAAAAGCCCUUCGCGUGCACUCUCUGCGACAAACGUUUCACACAGAGCAACAGCAUGAAACUCCACUACCGCACCUUCCAUCUGAAACAGCCCUAUCCGAAACGGAGCCGAUCGAAGAAGGCGAGAGGAACGGAAGGGGAAGAGACUACAGAAGAGGAAUCAGACGAAAGUCAGCCGAAGAGAGAGACAGAUGACCCAAUUGCGAAGGGGAGAAGAGGGACACAGAAUCCGAAACUCCCACUCGGCGGAAAUGUUCAAAAGAUCCAACAGGAAAUGCCGGUUAGCGUCGUCGUCGACGACAACAUGCAUUAUUUGACAUUGAAC